CACAGAUACCUUUAGAAUCUUCCACAAUCCCUACUUCGUCUUAAUCAAUUCAUUUGUCCCCGCAAAGCAAACAAAAUCAGGCCACAAUCUCAGAUUCCACCCCAAUCUUCUCUCUGUUCUGUUGGUUGCUGCCUUUUCUCCCCUUGAUUCGAUCAACACCUUAUUCGUCUGUGCAUGCUCUGACUCGGGCGAGAGAGAACGAGUUGUGAGUGAGUGACUCGUCUGAGUCAACUCAGCACCAGUACCCAGUGGCCUCCUUACACCACCAUCGAUGACUCGGCAGAUUGUGUUUGAGUCUCCUCCUGCCGGAGUUUACCGGAGACAACCACUCUUGACACCGCAACAAAACGAAAAGCCAAACCAUCGGAUCGGAGAGGUGGCGGGUGGGACGGCAGCAGAGUGCGCCGCGGUGUGUUGCUGCUGUCCAUGCUCGUUGAUGCACCUCCUCAUCUUGGCCGUCUACAAAGUCCCCACUGGGCUGUGCAAAAAGGCUUGGAAAAAACAGAAGAGAAAGAGGGUGUUGAAGAAGAAGGCUUUGUUGGAGCAGCAGAACAGCACUAAGAGAGGGCCCAUGGAGAUGCACAACGGUGAUGAAACGGACGGUGAUGAUGACGAUGAAGGGAUGGUUUUGGAUGCUGAAAUGUGGGACCGGUUUAAUGGGGCUGGGUUUUGGAGGACUCCCUCAAAGAGAGAUGAUUGAUCAUCUUACAUGCAGAAUCAACAGGAGUUCAGGGAGCAUUCUCUAUGGGUUUUAUUCGAUACAGUUCAGGUGGCAUUCUCUAUGGGUUUUAUUCUGGUAUCGAAGUUGUUUCCUUUGGACGGAGAAACAGCAAAGAUUUAAAAUUUCAGAAGCUCCAAACCCUUGGAUAAGAUAGCUUGAGAUGUGGUACGAAGAUGAUACGGGAAUUGCAGCAUUGCGGCUUGAGGUUUUAUGAUGGGACAUGGACUAGACAUGAUGGGCAUAAGGAAUGGUGAUAG